AUUAAAAGUAACAAAUCAUGAUUAUAAAUUAGGAUAUUGUAUCACAUGUAAGUUACAAUAAUAAUCAUAAUGGGACAAUAAGAAUACCACCAUUAUUUAGCUUGUCUAAAAUGAGCUCAAGGGCAUAUGUAAAUUUUAUGAAUUUAAAAAAUAAGAAAAAAAUCAUUCAAAAUAACUAUAAAAUGAACUAUAAAAAAAGUUCAUAUAAAAGAGUGAAUAUUGAUUGUUUAAAAAAAUCUUAUCUAUUGUUAGAAUAAUUGUAUUAAUGUAGAAUCUAGACAUUACUGCUAUACGCCCACAGAUACAUAAUAAGAACAUCAAGUACAGAGCAAAAUGUAAUAUUCUUUCAUUCUUUGUGAAGCACUAUUGAUCAUAAAAUCUUAGGGAUACUCUAUCUCCUUUCUAGAAAAAAAAAAAAAAAAAAUCAUUCAAGAUACAUAUGGUUCUAGCUGAUUAUAAAACACGAGAUAUUAAUCUUUCACGAUACUUCUAUGAUAAUGUAAUUAGCUCCAAAUCAAAUAUCAUUAAUCGUAAUUUCAAAUAUCAUGGUAAUUCCAUAUUACACCGUGCUUAUUUCCUUAAAUACAAGAUAAUAUUGAUACUUAAAUUAGAAGAAAUACAAGGAGUGAAAAUACGGAGUAAUUAAUUAAAACAAUCAAACACAACAAUCAAAGACAUAUAAGUAAAGAAACCGGCAUAAUUGCAUAAAAAUGCUUCGAAAAUAAACAUGUUAUAUGUUUGUUCUUUUAUGAUUUUAUGCACAUAAACGCGUAAUUAAGUCCUCAUAAAUUACGUUUGCCGUUUCUCCUCACUUAAAAGAAGAUCCCACCAAAAAAAAAAAAAUCCAAAAAAAAAAAAAAAAAAUUAACAAAAAAGAAAAAAUGAAAAAAAGGGUAUAAAUCAGCUUGGUGGAGGAAUGCUUGUCACCUACUCAUAUAAGCUUCCAAUCUCCACCUUCUCUCUCACAUUAACUUUUGUGCAAAAAAAACACACCUCACGCAAAGUUCACCCCUUAAUCUUACAAAAUUCUGAAAAAAUAAAGUACUAAAUUUAUAAGCUUUAAGCUUAAUUUAUAUUACUACUACUUUGAAAUUCAAUUUCCCCUGUUUGUUCUUUCUUACUCUGUUUUUUUUAGCUUAAUUACUCUGUUUCUAAACAAAAAGAAGAAAAAAUGGAGAGGCAUAGAUGUAAACUUUGUUUUAGGAAGUUUGCAAAUGGGAGAGCUUUAGGAGGGCACAUGAGGUCUCACAUGCUUAAUCAUUCUGUCGCUUCGAAACCCGACUCUCCGGCACCACCACCACCACAACUGCGGAUGCGAACACCUAGUUGGUCGGAGACUGAAUCUCCACCACCAUCGUCUGUGUCACACUUUUUAUCAUCGAGUGAUUCAGAACACGAAGACGAGGUUGAAUUUGCAACUCAUGAUAAUGAUGAAUUGAUAGUAGCUGAACCGACUGGAUCAUCGUCACUUGUUACUUCACAAGAUAGAGAAAGUGAGACGGAGUCGUUUAGGAAGAAGAAUCAUCCUACUCGAAAGCGAAGAUCAAAGCGGAUUCUUCAGAAACCGGCUUCUUCAACUUCGUUCGAUUAUCACUACUUUGAUCAUCAACAACGACAACAUUAUGUUCGGGGUUGUAGGAAAUCGAGUGGUUCGAGUGCGGUUGAUGUGGAGGCGGACCUGCCAGUUAGUUCGAUCACGGAAGUUACUUCCGAGGAAGACUUAGCCUUCUGUCUCAUGAUGAUGUCGAGAGACAAGUGGAAUAGCUCAGUUGGUAAGCGUACUACUGCAACAACAAAGAACAAUAAUAACAAGAAGAUGAAAUACAAGUGUGAUACUUGUAACAAAGGUUUUAGAUCGUAUCAAGCAUUAGGGGGUCACAGAGCAAGUCAUAAGAAAAUUCGAGUUAAUGAAUCCGAGCAAAGAGCUGAUAACACUAACGAAGACGAAAAUCGGGUGGAUGAUGGAUCGGAUUCGAUGAUGAUAAAGAAGGUUCAUGAAUGUCCGAUUUGUCUAAGAGUUUUUGCUUCUGGACAAGCUCUUGGUGGUCACAAAAGAUCUCAUGUUCUUGUUUCGAAUAAUGGGGUUGAUCAUAACAACUUACUUGAUAAUAGUAAGAUAACGAAGAUCACUACUCGUGAUAGUUUGAUUGAUCUUAAUCUUCCUGCUUCUGUUGAAGAUGAAGAUGAUUCAGCUGUUUCUGAUGUUCAUUUCUGAUUAAGAAAUUUUAUAAGUCAAAAGAUAAUUCUAAUUUUAUUUUAUUUUUUAAGGGAAAAAGAUUAGUAUUGAUCAACUUUAAUUAGCAUUGUUUUGCUAGUAGUUGAGUUUAUUAUAUGACUUGGUCAUUUUAGUUUAUUUUGAGGGGUUGGAACAAAUUUGUUUGAUCUUUUGUCUGUAAUUAUCAAUUACUACUACUACUAUUACGAGUACAAUUGAUGUUAUUGAUACGAUUGUCUCAUUGCUAUU